AGUCGCUGAGUAUGCGAGCCCACUUGAGCACAGACAACAGUCUGUACGGUACACCUAAGUACUUUUCCAACUACAACCUGGAUACAAUAGAGAAGUAUAACGCCCCUAAACAACAGAGUGAUCCUGAGCCUAUAGAAGCGGAUACCGCUAAGCCUAAAAGGAAAAGAAGAACUGCGCAGCAGAUUCUGGAGGACAAUCUCAAUAAAACCACAUCAACCAGACCAUCUAAAAGGAAACGAAGAACCGCGCAGCAGAUUAUGGAGGACAAUCUCAUUGAAACCACAUCAAUCAAACCAUCUAAAAGGAAACGAAGAACAGCGCAGCAGAUUAUGGAGGACAAUCUCAUUGAAACCACAUCAAUCAAACCAUCACGGCAGAAGAGCAAGAAGUACACCCUAGAAAAGCGAAACGAUAUGAAUGCAAACAUAGUAAGCACACAUGCUACACAGGAUACUGAAGAAUGUAUUGUGGACACGGGAUUAGGACAUAGGAAAAGAAAAGUUAGUACAGAGCGUGACACAGAGGGUGAAGACAGUGGCACAGACGCUACAAAAUCACUACUAGGCAAUUUGACGGUCGCAGAGAGCCUUGUUGCCGACUUCGAUAGAUUAUCUUCGAGACCGAAACGCAAGAAAAAGAAGAAGGCUAAAACGAAGAUCAAGCUGCCGCUGCCUACAGAAUCUGAUUAUGAAG